AAGUGGAAAUUACAGAGGGAUCAGACCUAAUAAGCAGCGACGGCAGCUGAAAGUUGAAACACGGAAAUAAAGCUCAUAGUAGUUUUCUUCAAAGAAUAGAAAGACGGAGAAAAGAGAAGACAAAAAAUAUCGACAAUCAAACGUGAAAGAGAAGAAGAGGACUAGGAGAAAGAGGAAGAGCAGCUGAUCUACGCUGGUGCAAUGAAUAAUCCGAUGGUAUUAAAGGUGGGAUUGGUGGUGGUGGGGCUGUGCAUUGGGGGUUAUAUACUUGGGCCACCCCUCUACUGGCACUUCAUGGAGGGCUUAGCCGCUGUCAGCCACUCCUCCUCCUCUUAUUCCUGUCCUCCCUGCCAAUGCGACUGUUCCUCUCGGCCACUACUCUCCAUUCCCCAAGGAUUGAGCAAUGCAUCCUUUGCAGAUUGUGUAAAACAUGACCCAGAGGUGAGUGAAGACACGGAAAAGAAUUUUGCAGAGCUAUUGACGGAGGAGCUGAAGCUGCGGGAAGCUGAGGCUUUGGAAAAUCAGCGGCGUGCUGACAUGUCUCUGCUCGAGGCAAAGAAGAUUACAUCCCAGUAUCAAAAGGAAGCAGAUAAGUGUAAUUCCGGCAUGGAAACAUGCGAGGAAGCAAGGGAGAAAUCUGAAUUAACAUUAGUGGCUCAAAAGAAACUGACAGCUAUGUGGGAGCUGAGAGCUCGUCAGAGAGGAUGGAAAGAAGAUAUUGCCAACUCUCAUAUACAAAAUCAGGGAAAUGUCCAGACCAUGUAAAGACUGACAAUGACCUCAUGAGGCACAAUCGAAGAGGCUACUGUCAUUCAAGGGGAUGUAUCGGCUGGCGGUGAUGAAUUUUCAACAGGCCCUUGCCUCAAAGAGGCUCAUGAAUUUGUUCGUCAUCCUAAGCUAUCUAAAUCAAUGUAUAAUCAUAAAUAGCGAAGUAUAGGAAUCUCGUUAUCAUGUAUUCUGGAGUCCACCUAUAUGUGGAUUUGUUUCCACCCCAAAUUCAGUUGACUAAAACUUGUAAGAUUCACAAAGUGGGAGACAGUGGUUAUUAAUAUUUCGAUGUAAAACAAGAAAUCGCGAUUAAAUUUGAAAAUAGGGGUGCCUUCUUAUCC